CGUGAAUUUUCAAAAACUAUCCUUUGAAAAUCUACCACAAAGGAUUUUUCGGGUCAUCAGUGAGGAACAAGUCCACCAAAAAUUUUGAUGAACUAACCCAAAGCUUCCGUCUAUCUCUUUCUGAUCUGUUUUCUCCUAUUUAAAUUUCUCUUCUCUCUCCGGCCCCUUCUUCUCAAUACGACAACGAGCUCCUUAAUUUUCUUCACGUUCCCUCAUUCCCUCCCCCAUCACCUUUCUCUUUUUCUUCUUCACGCGACGGUGGAAUAACCCGGAUCCUACUCUGAUUCCGUUUCCCUCAAAGUUUCCUCGGAACUUCGCGGAAUCUUUCGUCUCGCUCCUUCAGAUAACCAUAGACUCUCCCUUCGCUGUUAUCCGAUGGCGACAUCACUGAUUCCUUAUCGGAAUUGAAUUCUAUCCGUUUCGCAACCAAUAAGCCGGCUAAACAUUUGUUCAAGUUUAGUUCAAGUGGAUCUCUUCUUUUCCAUCUUUGUAUACCAAUUCUGAAAAAACGGAGCUCUCACUUUUCCUUCACUUUCUCUCAUUCCCGAAAGACUCGCGAUUCCAGGGAAUACUGAUUUCCGAAAUGGAAUCCGUCGUCGUUUUGGCAUUGUUUGCUUUUCUUGCAUUUGCGCCGUGGCGCGUACUCUCGGAAGAGAGGCUUCUGGUGAAUAUGACUAUGGUUCGAAGCGCCAGAGCUCUUGGUGCUCUUUGUUUGGAUGGGAGUUUACCGGCGUAUCAUUUUCACAGAGGCUUCGGCGCCGGAGCCAACAACUGGCUUUUACAAUUCGAGGGAGGUGGGUGGUGCAAUGACGUGGAAUCAUGCGCAGAGAGAGCAAAGACUCGCCGGGGUUCAACUCGCUACAUGACCAAGUUGGAGGUCUUCUCUGGCAUCUUAAGCAACAAUGCCUCCCUGAACCCGGAUUUCUACAAUUGGAACCGUGUUAAGAUUCGAUAUUGUGAUGGAGGCUCUUUCACGGGAGAUGCCUUGUUCAACAACGGGACAACACUGCUUUAUUUCAAAGGACAAAAGAUUUGGGAAGCAAUCAUUCGCGACCUCCUGCCUAAAGGUUUGGGCAAGGCACGCAAGGCUUUGCUUUCAGGUUGUUCGGCAGGAGGUUUAGCGACAUUUCAUCACUGUGACAGAUUCGCCAGUUAUUUGCCAAGGAAUGCUAGUGUUAAAUGCUUGAGUGAUGCUGGCUUCUUUCUUGACGGGAGAGAUAUCGCUUUGAACCACACUAUGAGGUACUUCUUCAAAAGCCUUGUUUUAUUGCAGGGGAUAGAGCGGAAUCUAAACAGAAAUUGUACGAGGUCCCUGUUCUUUCCAGACUUGUGCUUCUUUCCUCAGUAUGUCUUAAAAUACAUAACUACACCAUAUUUCAUCUUGAACUCUGCUUAUGAUGUAUUCCAAUUUCACCACAUAUUGGUCCCACCUUCUUCUGAUUUGCGUGGACACUGGAAUCACUGCAAGAUAAACCCGGCGGCAUGCACCCCAGACCAAAUUGAAGUACUGCAAGGCUUUAGGCGCCACAUGCUUGCAGUUUUGAGACCAUUCUAUGUAUCUUCAAGAAGAGGGGGAAUGUUCAUUAAUUCAUGCUUUGCUCAUUGCCAAAGUGAAUCCCAAGAUACAUGGUUUGGAGAUGAUUCCCCAAAAAUAAACGACAAGACUAUUGCGGAAGCAGUUGGAGAUUGGUAUUUUGGCAGAGACAGAACCAAGGAAAUAGACUGUGCAUAUCCGUGCGAUAAAACUUGUCAUAAUCUUAUACCACAGGCUCAGGUUGAUGAAAAUAUUGGAGUGAACAUUUAGCUUCAUGCUUCUCUGUACACCUCAGAGAAGAUCUGAUUCAAGUUGAAAUGUUGCAGGAGUAGUGAAGAGUUGGCUUCACGCUUCUCUAUUUCUCAUAGAGAUGCUCUAUGAAGUGGGGAAUCUUGAAGGAAUUUAGGUAGAGAGCUAUGCAAGCAUAAAGUGAUACAGAUAGCAAAUUCUUUGACAGAACCAGGAAUAGAAGAUAGAAAAGCAAGAGAGGAAAGUAUAGCUGUAGUGAUUCUUAUUCAAUCAGACGCAUUAUAUUCUUUGCUUAUUAUUUUGUCGAUCUCAAUAAAUUAUCGUUUGCCUAUUGUUUCUCCAA